AUGUCAUUAGCUCCUCUAGACUCUACAAAGUUGAAGAUCACUCGUGUUCAAACACCUUCAAAACCAAGACCAAAUGAAGAAUUAGUAUUUGGGAAGACUUUCACAGACCAUAUGCUAACUAUUCAAUGGGAUGCUACAAAAGGUUGGUACGAUCCAGAGAUUAAACCAUAUGCUCCUUUUACAUUAGACCCUUCAUCCAUUGUCUUCCAUUAUGCUUUUGAAUUAUUUGAAGGUUUAAAGGCCUAUAGAACAGCUGAUAACAAGAUUACCAUGUUCCGUCCAGACAUGAAUAUGAGAAGAAUGAAUAAAUCAGCUUCAAGAAUUUGUUUACCAAAUUUUGAUUCAGAUGAAUUAAUUAAGAUGAUUGGUACCUUAAUUGAGCAAGAUAAGCAUUUAGUUCCAGAGGGUAAUGGUUAUUCGUUAUAUAUCAGACCAACUAUGAUCGGUACUGACGCUGGUUUAGGUGUCUCUGUCCCUUCAAAAGCAAUGAUCUUUGUUAUCCUUUCGCCAGUCGGUCCUUAUUAUCCAACAGGUUUCAAAGCAGUCAAACUAGAAGCCACAGAUUACGCAGUAAGAGCUUGGCCAGGUGGCUGUGGUGAUAAGAAAUUAGGUGCUAAUUAUGCUCCUUGUGUCUUACCGCAAUCGCAAGCUGCUUCAAGAGGAUACCAACAGAACUUAUGGUUAUUUGGACCAGAGAAAAAUAUUACUGAAGUGGGUACGAUGAAUGCAUUUUUCGUUUUAAAGGAUACAAAUACAGGCAAGAAAGAAAUAACUACUGCCCCAUUGGAUGGUACCAUCUUGGAAGGUGUCACAAGAGAUUCCAUCCUAACCUUAGCCAGAGAAAGAUUGGAUCCAAAAGAAUGGAUUAUUAAUGAACGUUAUUGCUCCAUUAAAGAAAUUGCAGAAGCUUCGGAAAAAGGAAACUUGGUUGAAGCCUUUGGUGCAGGUACUGCUGCUGUCGUUUCACCCAUUAAAGAAAUUGGUUGGAAUGAUCAACAUAUCAAUGUUCCAUUAUUACCUGGCGAACAGUCCGGCCCAUUAACAAAGGAGAUUGCCUCCUGGAUCUCAGAUAUCCAAUAUGGUAGAGUCCAACAUUCUAAUUGGGUCAAAGUAGUUGCUGAUUUGAAUUGA